AUGCCCGAACGCGUGCGCACCACCUUCGACAACGGCGGCAAUGCCGUCAAAGCCUCCAAACAUUCGAACAAGCACGGCAAUGAAUCCCUCAACCCCGGCAAGAAGCGCAAGCGCGACCGCGACGAGAAACCGCACAUCAACGGCCUAAAACCCUCCCACGAUUCGAAGAAGCCCUCCAAACACCCGAACGCUCCCGGCCCUCACCACCACAAGAAACACGAUCGCGAGGGCUUCAAUGGAAGCAGCAAGCCAGCGCACGAUGGCGGCGAAAAACGAGCAUUCGGGCCCCUGGCGAAGAAACGCGAACAGCUGCUGCCGGUGCGCAAGUCGCUCCCCAUCUGGGCGCACCAAGACGAGAUCCGGGCGUCGCUGCGCGGCGACAAGGACGUCCUGAUACUGGUCGGUGAGACGGGUUCCGGAAAGUCGACGCAGGUCCCGCAGUUCCUGCUCGGCGAGUCCUGGCUCGCCGACAACAAGUCCAUGAUCGCCAUCACCCAGCCCCGCCGUGUCGCCGCCAUAUCGCUGGCCCGCCGUGUCGCCGAGGAGAUGGGGACUCCGCUGGGUGCGUCAUCGCCGGCGAGUAAGGUCGGCUACAGCGUGCGUUUCGAUGUGUCGACGUCGCCGAGUACGAGGAUAAAGUUCUUGACCGAGGGUAUGCUGCUGCAGGAGCUGCUGCGGGAUCCGUGGUUGAAGGCGUACGGGUCUGUCGUUGUGGAUGAAGUGCACGAGCGGAGUGUGAACGUGGAUCUUGUGCUGGGUUUCCUGAGAAGGAUUGUCUGCGGAGACUGGAAAAAACAUAGGAAUGGAAGGAGGCUGAAGAUCGUCGUCAUGAGUGCCACGGCUGACACCAAGAGGCUACUCAAAUUUUUUGAUGAGGGAUUCAAUGAGGCAGAAGGAAAGACCGCCUCGGCGAGCCAACCGACUCCCGAUCCAUCAAAAGACGAGAAAAAGAAAGACAAGAAGAAUGCGCUGCCGCAAAAGUCUACUCAGUCAACUGCCAAUGGUACCAAGGACUCGGAAGAAAUAAUCAAAUACCACGACUCGAUAACGACCUGCUACAUCGAAGGACGCAUGUACCCGGUCAAGGUCAACUACCUGCCGGAGCCUACUCAGGAUUUCGUCGAGGCUGCGCUCAAGACAAUUUUCCAAGUGCACCAUAAAGAGCCUCUUCCGGGAGAUAUUCUGGUAUUCUUGACAGGCCAGGAUACCGUUGAAGCGCUUGAGAAGUUGGUCAACGAAUACGCAGCCGGGUUGGGACCUGAACUCCCGAAAAUCCUCACCCUUCCUCUUUUCGCAGCGCUUCCUCAGAAUCUUCAGCAACGCGUCUUCCAGCCGGCUCCGCCAAGAACACGGAAAGUCAUUCUCAGUACCAACAUUGCUGAGACUUCGGUCACUGUUCCUGGUGUACGUCAUGUCAUCGAUUGUGGCAAAUCGAAGAUCAAACAAUUCAGACCACAGUUGAACCUCGACUCUCUCCUGGUCAAGCCGAUUUCACAGUCUGCAUCUAUCCAGCGAAAGGGUCGUGCCGGCCGUGAAGCCGCUGGUAACUGCUUCCGCCUCUAUACGGAGAAGGACUACCUCAGCCUGCAAAAGGAUACCACGCCUGAAAUCCUACGCUGCGAUCUGAGUGCAGCAUUGCUUACCAUGAAGGCACGCGGCGUCGAGAACGUCCUCAACUUCCCAUUCCUCGACCCCCCGCCCCGCGAAGCCCUUGAGAAAGCCCUGCUCCUCCUCUUCCAGCUCGGCGCGCUGACCGACACGGGCGACAUCAGCGAAGUCGGCCUGCAAAUCGCCAAGCUGCCCCUCACUCCCACUCUCGGCCGAUGCAUCGUCGAAGCCGCGACGGAAGAGCGCGGCCGCUGCGUCGAGCACGUCAUCGACAUCGUGGCGGCGCUCAGCGUCGAGAACGUCUUCCUCAACGUCAUCACCGAGGAGAAGCGCGAGGAGGCGGAGCUGGCGCGCCGUGAGCUCUUCCGCCGCGAGGGCGACCACCUCACGCUGCUGGCGACGGUGCAGGCCUACGCCGCCGAGCACGCCGACCGCAAGGCCUGGUGCGAGCGCCGCUUCGUCUCGCACCGCGCCAUGCAGAACGUCAUGGACAUCCGCAAGCAGCUGCGCGCCCUGUGCGCUCAGCUCGGUUUGUUCGAUGCCGCGGCUGUCCAGCAUGGUGAGGCUGAGGCUGUGUCUGAGGCUGUCGCGAAUAAUGUCUUGUUGUCGCUGUUGAGCGGCUUUGCGCCGAAUACGGCGAGGUUGAUGCCGGAUGGUAGCUAUAGGACGAUGGUCGGCAAUCAGACGGUGCAGAUUCAUCCCAGCAGCGUGCUGUUCGGGAAGAAGGUCGAGGCGAUUGUGUUUUCCGAGUUUGUCUUCACGAAUAGAAGUUAUGCGCGUGGCGUCAGCGCCGUGAGGCUGGAUUGGGUGGUGGAGGGGUUGAGCGGGAGGGCAGCGUAG